GCUGGCGACUCAUCUUACAGCAUCCACAGCACUCGAUUAGAAAACGCUUUGACUUGACUUUCUGCGGUCCAAACUGCAAUAAAACCGUUUACGACCCGGUUCAUUUGGCAGUUAAAUCGAAAAGACUGCGUUUCUUUCUCGGUUCAUCACGCAAGGAACCUGCUUCACCUACUGAUGAUCAUUCGUGGCCACCACCGCUCGUGCUACCCUCUGGUGCACAUUUCAGCAUCAAAAAUCCAGAAUUUGAUUGAUUGAACCUGGGGGUUUUUGCGCGCCACAAUCUGCACGCCAUAAGGAAGGCGUCAUCAGGGUCUCUGGCAGCUAUUCCCGCGUCAGGAUGAUUAUCUUCAUUCUUAGCUGUGCGUGGUGUGUAAACUUGGACUUAAUCUUGUGAGCACAAUCUCUUAUAACUUGAGAGCUCUCUUUCAGCCACCUUUGACUCUUUUGCAUUUCAAAAUGCUCAAUACCGCGUUCCUUGCACUUCAAGUUUUCACCCUGGUCGCUUUCUUUUACUUCCGCCACAGGAAGGCAACUGCCUCUCUCCCUCCUGGACCAACCCCACUCCCUUUCAUUGGAAAUCUUCAUCAGCUUCCGCCUGUGGAGCCCUACAAGACCUAUGCCUCAUGGACUGAGCGUUACGGACCCAUUAUUUACAUGCACUUGUUCGGCCGAGAGUUCAUCGUCCUCAACCAACUCGAGGAUGUUCUCAAUCUGUUCGAGAAACGUUCUUCUCUUUACAGCACCAAGCCCCGGUUGGUAAUGGCCGGUGAGCUCGUCGGGCGCGAAAGGACCUCGAUGCUUUUCCUUAAAUACGGGCCAAUGAUGCAAAAGACCCGGCAGAUCGUCCACAGCUGGAUGAAUCCCAAGGCCUCAAAGAAUGCCUACGCCCUGCAAGAGCUCGGGUCCUUGAGAACCAUCCUCCGUAUUCUAGAGACUCCCGACAGAUAUGCUCAGCAUAUUCGCAUAACCGUCGGCUCCGUUAUCCUCAAAUUAACCUACGGUAUCGAUACGGAACCAGAGAAUGACCCCUGGAUUCAACUGUCAGAGUCCCUCAGUCACAUCACAGCCGAGGCCUCGAAGCCGGGUCGUUGGCUUGUUGACUCUUUCCCCAGCAUGGUUUAUAUCCCCUCCUGGUUCCCCGGCGCCAGUUGGAAGAAGUGGGGAAGCGACUCGAGAACAGUGUCGAUGAACCUCGUCCGCCUACCAUAUCAACGCGUGAAAGAUAAACUCGCGGAAGGCUCUCAAGAUGUUUCAUGGACAGCAUCUCAACUCGCCGCUUUCGGAGAAAAUCCCACUCCAUCGGAGGAAGACGCUCUGAUCUGCGCUGCCGGAAGUCUGUAUGCAGGCGGAAUUGAUACGACGACGAUCGUGAUCCGUACCUUCAUCCUCAUGAUGGUCAGAUACCCCGAGAUCCAGCGUCGUGCCCAAGAAGACAUUGAUCGUGUUGUUGGUACUCACCGUCUUCCGAAUAUGGGUGACAUGGAUUCCCUUCCGUAUAUCAGCUAUAUCAUCAAGGAAACCCUUCGAAUCAAUCCUCUCGCUCCUGUCAUCCCCCAUAGCUUGGAUAAGGACGACGUCUACAAAGGCUAUCGCAUCCCAAAGGGAACGUGGAUCAUGGCUAACGCUUGGGCCAUCCACCAUGAUCCAACAGUCCAUAAGGACCCCGAUGUCUUCAACCCCUCGCGAUUCGAGACAACCAAUGGCAACAUCCCCGAACGUGAUCCUAGUAUUCUAGCGUUCGGAUUCGGUCGUAGGAUCUGUCCUGGAAUGCAUCUCUCACAAGCUUCUAUGUUCCUUUACAUUGCCCAUCUCUUGUUCGUAUAUGAGAUGAGCCCUGUCCCGGACAAGGACGGAAACUGUAUUCCUCCUCCAGCCGCCUACUAUGCGACGCAUCUUCGUUACCCCGAACACUUUCCUUGCAAGUUCACUCCUCGUAGCCAGGAGAGGGUUAAGCUUGUCGAAGAUGCAGUGGCAAAUGGGACGCACGCAUUGGGUCCUUAACUUGAACCCCCCCCCUCUUUUGGUCGGACUCGUAGAUACCACUUUCUUUUUAUUUUAAGGUCAUCGAAUGCACCGUGACAAUGUAUUUAUGUUUUAAGAUGUGAGCCGGUCGUCAGUACUUAAAUAAUUAUUUUUUGUAAAUAUUGAAACUGGAUAUACUAUAGAAUUUGUGUAGCGAAGCCUC